AUGCCUACAUCUUUUCCAGAACAAUACCACCUUGUAAGCAUCAAAAACUUACAGACCCCCGGAAUUAGUUCUGAAAACAGCAUUACAAAAAAGUCUGAAACUCGACACAGGGCCUCUCCAUGCCCAAAUGAGCAGAAUCCAACUUUGAACAUAAAGUUCAAGGAGUUUUGGGAUUCUCAAGGAGAAAAAGGAGAGAAAAAGAAGUGGUGGUCUUCCCAUGGCACCAACAUGACUAAAGCUGUGUCUGCACCAUAUGCAGUUCAUUUCUUUAAGACCAGGGGAGAUGAUAGCUCUAAACAGAUUGUGUCACAGGGUAUAAAACAAGCAAACAAACAAAAAAUGGUUGACUUCAGCUCCUGUGUCAGAGUGGCUGGGUGGAUGGACCAGCGCCCUGUAACCUUGGGUAGCAGUGAUAGUAGUGCAGAAAACUUGGAGUCUAGUACUGAGAGGAUGGAGGCAACUCCAAAUGAGGUCAUUCCAGGAGAACAAUCAUCUCAGGAGGGCACAGGAAAAACUCUUACUCUUUGUCACACAGUUAAUUUCUGUGCAAAACAGAACUGGCUGAUAAUGCACAUUCCAGAUGCUCACUGUUGGGUGGAAAAUUGUCAGGAUUGUCUGGAGUCUGCCUACAACAAUGAACAUUAUGAUCAACCCCUGAAAGCCACAACCUGCCUAAAGAAUUUCAAAACCUCAAAUGAGAGGUUCCUGAACCAGAUCAAAAUCCAACAGAAGUACAUCUGGAACAAACGGGAAAGCAUAGAGGAGGGCACACCCCUUGGAGAAGUAGUUGAGCAGGGCCUAAAGGGAGUGAAAAGUGAUGCUGUUGGAAUUGUGAUGAAGGAACUUAACAGGCAAAGUUCUUUGGGUUCCUUCUGCCUUCUGGUGGUGGUGAAUAGUGUCAAUACUCUCUGGGGGAGGACCACAUUGAAUAAAGAAGACAAAAACCUGGUUGCCCCAGAGGAAUGGACACUUAUUCAUAAUGUGAAGAAAAUAGUAACCAAUGAUUGGCACAGAGGGGCUAUCAUGGAUGGUUUUGAUGACCUAGACCCCUUUGUUCCCAUCCAAGUUUACAAUUAUACCCCAAAAGAGUUUGAAAGUUGUAUUCAGUAUUAUUUGGAAAACAGGUGGCUUCAGCACAGAAAAGCUCAUACAGAAGAAAGAAUAAAGGAGCUACUCUUCCUUAGUAACUCUAAUCCUGGCAGCUAG